ACAGCCUCAGUUUAAUGUUCUGGCUAGUGGCUCUUGGGAGCAGUUCUGAUAUUGUUUAGCAUUGAACCUUUUCGAAUGUUGGAUAAUGCCGCCGUUCUUGAUUCCUGAUGACGCCUGAGUGCGCACAUUGCAACAGUGACUUCAAUCGAAGCUUUCUAUCCAUCCGCUAGCCCUGUUCUAUCCGAAAAAAGCACCUAGCAUGGUCCAGGGGGGUGGUGCCUAUAUCUGUGGCUUUCUAGUUUGCUGCAGAGUGUUGUUCUCCCCACAUGAGAGAGGGUUCAAGGGAAAGGGAUCAGCUGAGGGUCCCUUUCCCUACAAUAGCCUCGAAACUGAGUAGGGCUUAUCAACGAAGUGCACUCGCGUCCUGGCUGUGUUCGAUAGUGGCUGGAAGCGAGACUAGAGCUUGAGCUCCCUCAUUCAGGCACUUUUUUCGAACCGCUCUCCUCGGUCGCGCGCUUAUUCUAUACAUACAUAUAUAUAUAUAAUAAUCCUAUCCUUUGGACUUGUUCUCGUAAGUGAAUCGAUUCUAGUUCCUACAAAGUGUACCUUGGCUUUUCGUCGUGCUACCAAUGGACUUGCUCUUGAUAUAGAGGUGCACGUGUUAGAAUGAUCUCGAGCGAACUUCCGAAAGGCUCAUCGUCCACGUCAGCUGCUAACCUUCAAUACUUCAGGAUACUCAAAUCGUGGGCCGAGCUGGCGUCGGCAGCCGCAGCUGCUAAGGGACUGGUCUCACCCGAAUACAACCACCAGCACCAUCACCUCACCCACUACAAUCAACGGAGCCCUCCGGAACCCCUCAGGGCGGUACAGCGCCCCCCGGCGGCGGCCGAAGGAAGCACGACAACGAGUGACGGAGAUGGCGAACAACGGGAAAACCUUAGUAGGGAACAAGGCAGCUGUAGUAAUCUACCGUCGUUUGCACCCACGUCGGAGGAUCACACAGCUGCCGCCGUAGCCGCUGCCACUACAACAACAGGGCAACCGCAAAGCAGCGCUGAGGUUGGGGCCACUACCACCGGCUCUUCGCCUCCGACCUCGCCAAGGACUCUGCUUCCUCGAAACAAGACACCCCCAAGAAACGUCCCCAUCAAAGAACGACCCCGAGCAUGCACAUCACCUACAACGGCUCAUGCGACUUCGUCGAGCGGUGUCGUGUCAGGUGGGUCGCAGGCGAUCCCACUACGGCCAGAAUCAGCUGACGGUACCAGCCCUGGGACAGCCGCCCCAGCGCCAACUAACCCGAAUCGCUCUUCCGUAGGUGUUCGCCAAGUAGCUAAAGUAAAACGUUUCUUGGUCACCCUGCAGCAGUUCGGCAACGACAUCUCGCCGGAUGUGGGUGAUUCGGUCCAUCAUCUGAUCUUUGCCCUUGUUGGUGGUAAUAUAACGGUGGAAGAGUUUCAGGCGCGUGUUCAGGAGGCCACCAGCUACCCCCUGCGACCAUUCGUAGUACCUUUCCUUCGGGCUAAUCUUCCGUUAAUGCAAGCAGAACUGAUGGCGCUAGCCCGCGCGGUCAAGCAGAACCCUCAACAGUAUCUCCGAGCAAAUGAGACAUUUCUUCUCGAUCCCCUUUGCCAAGCAGGAGAACCGUUUGAAAUAUUCCAUCCGGAAGCGAAAGAAGAUAAUGCGACAAUAGGAGUAAAGCGAGCCCGAUACGACAUACGCUCCAAAGAAGAUUCGUCAGCCUCCAAACGUAUUCGAGUGCCCACAGCAUAUAGCAGUGCGUACCUAACGCAAGGCUCUUUAAGGUCGUUCGAUGCUAGCGAUCGACAUGAGGUGCUUACUAGAGAACAGCUGUUCCCGAACUUCUCCAGUCAAUUUGAUCUUCGAUGCAACACAGCAAUGGAAGAUGUUCUUAGGAAUAUCUACAAUAUGUUGAAUUGCAUCGUUGGCAUGGUGGAAAAGACAAAACGUGCCGUUUGCGCUCUUCAGCGAGGUCAGACAUUGAUACCUACGGCUACUCUUACUGCUCUUGGGGAUGCUCCUCUAUGGAGUGGCGAAAUGGCUUCAGAAAAAAAGCGGCAAAGGGAGCCAUAUUCCGACCCGUACGGGCAGGCCUCGAUGACAAUGUCCUUCAACAGCCCGGCCGGUGAACUCGAAAGCCGAGUGUCGGAAGUACGCAAAAAAGCAGAGGAGGCAGUUGCCGAGGUUAAGCGUCACGCUGUCCUAGAGCUACAGAGAGCACUGGCCGCUGCUGAGGUACGGACCUCGGAGCUGUUAGCUGCAGAAAGGGCCAAAGUCGAUUGCAUUCAGUUGCUACCGGAUGCCACAGCACCCACAGAGAACUGCUUCAACUGUGGGAGACGCGCUAGCGAAACAUGCAGCGGUUGUAGUUGGGCGCGUUACUGCGGAGCCUUCUGCCAGCACAAGGAUUGGGAACAACACCAUCGAGUCUGUGGAGCGGCGGCAACAGCCUUAAGGAACACAGGUAGUCAACACGUAACAACGCCGCAGACGCCUGUUGCACCUAAGGCCGAACGAGAGCCAUCACCAUCACCUGUGUCAACACCUGCCGAUGAACGAAGCAAUAGUGUAACGACGACGCCAAUUGAAGAACUAUCAACCUCUGCCACCCCCGCUGCCGCCCAAUCCAAGGAAACUUGUUAAACCGUCCGGAUCAGUAUAUGAACUGACAAAUGAAGACUGUACAUAAGAAAAUGUCUACAGCGGAUAAAUUGUCUUUGGCGGUAUACAUAGGUUUCAUAGGGAGUGCAAUACAUAAUUACAACCGCAAUUGUAACUCUUCGUGUGUCCGCUGCCCGCAGCGUUAUGUACCGUGUAAAACUUCAUCAACAACGGACUAGAGCUAGUUAUCGUAUCACAAGAACCUAUGUUAAAACAUAGACAGAGUAAUGAAGGGCAAAAAUGCUGCUUUGAGAAAUGCAACAAUUCCUAUAACGAAGUAAUUAUACUGUAGCAACAUUGACAGUAGACAGAAGCCUGUGACUAUACGACAUAUAAAACAGAAAAAGCUAGUUUGAAGCCAUAUGGUCGUUCCGUCGUUGCCAUCAUGAGUGAUGGUGUAAACAUAAUCAAAGACGUAAACAGCUCGUAUCAACGAAAUGUUCAGUGCGAGAUUCUAUCUGUGAGGAGCAGCAGUUAAAAAGGUAACUUUCUUUACUCAUACUAAUUGUUUUGUAGUGUCUAUGCAUCGUUGGGGGAGAGGACGGACUUGGAUCAGCAACCCCUGGUUUCAACUGUUUCAACCAGAGGCUCGGGUGACGCUAGCGUUGCGCUGUAAGGCGUAGCACUUGCAAAGUAAUACGCUGAUAUGAGGGUAAUGAAAUGAUUUUCAGUAAGUAAUAGGUUACAGUGACUAAAAAAUAGCCAUGCGUUUUUGCCAUUGCUUUCACAGCUAACAUGACAGGAAACGGUGUAGGCCCCCAAGUGAUGAAGCGGACCAUUCGGAUCGAAAUACGAUGGUUUUGAUGAUGACAAGGUUUGUGAUCACGUCCUUGACAAGUUCACGUGGUAUGAAAUAAUGGAUUCAAGCCAGAUUCGUGAAUUGGGCGAACUUCACGCUUUCCAUUUCAAUACUUUUCCAAAAUGUAUAGCUUACUGCGUACGACAGAGCGGAAACAGCCAGUGUUUUGGUCCAAAAAACAUGAUCGACUUUUCUCACCAGUUGAACUGAAAGGAAAAUCAGUGUGUAUGUAAAAUGUAUACCAUUACUAGGUAUACAUUUUCGUCAAUAAUAUACUUUCAAUUCAAAUGCAUCGAUAUAGGACAGCGGUAACUGGCUACAUUGGGGGCUCAUCUUUUCGUUUGUGACGACGUUAUCUGUCGUUCGCUCACGGUCACCUUCGCGUGCGCCAUCGUCACAUUGUCCGCUACGGAAUAAAACGUUCUACACGAUUUAUAAUCGUAUUGUGAAU